CCGGUAGCCAUAUUGGAUUUUACAUUAAUAGCCUUGUGUUUGUUGAUGUUGUGUUUGGAUGUCGUCUGUUUUCGCCGGGCACUCGCUAAUUUGCCGUUUUCUAGCUUAAGUACAAUAAAUUGAGACAUUUUCUAUCUUGGAUACUUGAGGUCGUGGUCGAAGUUUGUUUCCCUUGUGUGGGAGUAACAACCUAUUCCUUGUGCAGCCAUGGAUAACAGGCCGAAUCACACUAUUUACAUAAACAACCUGAAUGAGAAGAUCAAGAAGGAAGAGCUGAAAAAGUCGCUGAAUGCGAUUUUCUCGCAAUUUGGUCCAAUCCACGACAUCAUAGCUCUGAAAACCCUGAAGAUGCGAGGACAGGCGUUUGUAAUAUUUAAGGAAAUCAGCAGUGCAACAAACGCUCUCAGAUCCAUGCAGGGAUUCCCAUUCUACGACAAACCUAUGAGGAUACAGUACUCAAAAACUGACUCGGACGUUAUUGCCAAGAUGAAAGGCUCGUUCGUGGAGAGGCCAAAGAAGCCAAGAAGAGAGGCUGGCAGUGGUGAGCUCAGCAAAAAGGCCAAACGCAAGGCAGCCAAAGAAAACAUGGCCAAGCAGCAGCAGAUGGCCGCCGCGGCCGCCAGCAUGAUGUCUCAGGGCAUCCCGUUCAACCAGCAGACCAUGCAACUCUUGCACGCUGCAGCUGCCGUGGCCGAGCAGCCACCCAACCAGAUCUUGUUCCUGACAAAUCUGCCAGACGAGACUAACGAGAUGAUGCUCUCUAUGUUGUUCAACCAGUUCCCUGGUUUCAAAGAGGUGCGUCUGGUGCCAGGCAGACACGACAUUGCAUUUGUGGAGUUUGAAAAUGAGAUUCAGUCAUCUGCAGCAAAGGAGGCGUUGCAGGGAUUCAAAAUCACUCCUACAAACGCAAUGAAGAUAUCCUUUGCGAAGAAAUAACUUCUGCCAACUUUUUGUACUUUAGUUAUGACGUGUAAAAGAAUAAAUGAAGAGUGAGUGGUGUGACUG